AUGUCUACAUUUACGAUUUCUGGAACGCCUAUCGUACUUUGGUGUUGGGUUCGUGGAAGUACUUCUAUUUUCGACAUUACUGUAGGAAGGGAUAACCGUGUUUCUAAAAUUAAGGAAGUUAUCAAAGAGAGGAAACCAAAUGAUUUUGCUAAAGUUGACGCCGAUAGACUUAAGCUGUUGAAGCUUAAGAACCCUGUUGGUGACGGACAUAUUUCCGAUAUUCAAAACUUCACAUUUCAAGAUAACGGUGACGAGAAUGACAAUGUAGUUUUAAUGAAGGACAUGCGGAGAAUUGUUACUUACUGGCCUGAAAAUCAAGCACCGCCCGAAGAUCUCAUUCAUGUUAUCGUAGAGGCACCUGCAACAGAAGAAUUGAGAGCACAAUUGGAGGCGCUUAAACUUGGUCGUGAACUUGGUUAUGACGGAGCACUUUUUCAAUCAGAUUUACCUUUAGAGUCGGAAAUUAAACGGAUAAAGCGCGAAAAAGAAUACAGGGAACCUGUUAAUAUUGGCCUUAAAGCGAAACCCCCUUCGUCUGGUGCCAAGCCUUCUACCUUUUUCACGACUCAAAUAAAUAACCCAAUCCUUAAUGGUCGACCGCUUGAACUUACUGGUCCUCCUAUUAGUAUUUACAAUAGAAACUUUACACAAUUCCUUGAAGAUUUUAAUAAUAUGGAACUGGAAGUACCUCAUGAAAUUUUGGAGUGGGUCAUGGAUAUUAUUUCCGCAUCAGCAGACAGAUAUUUAAACGAAGAUGGACGUAUGAAGAAAAUGAGAGAGAUACUUUCGAAAAAAUUUGGCACUAUAGCAUUGACUAGUUACGGGAAAGGUUGCCAGUGCGAUGGAUUACUUAUGGCUAAAGUAGGCCUUCUCGACGCUUGUAUUGGGAUAAUCGAAGGAAAGAAUGAGAUUGGAUCAGGUGGAACUGAUCCCAGUCUUCAAGGAUCAAUUUAUUACCGAGAUUACUGGUCUCAGACAGUAGUUAAACAAAUUCGAGAUUGCUGUUGCGUACCAUCCUUCAUUAUCACCAUUGCCGGACCAUGGAUUUGUAUAUUCGGAGGCAUCUUCCUUAACAGGGUAGUGGUCCAGCCACUAACAGAUAUCAUUCCUCUUACAAUCAACGUACGAAAUGAAGACCAAAUGAAUCGGAUUGCACGCCUUUUUCAGGCGUUACGACUUGCUUUAGUACGACUCGGCAAUUUUUACAAUAAUUUAGACUUAACUCUACUUAGACAGGUAGAACAGAGGCAUUUUCCCUAUCUUCGAAGUUUUAAAUUAGAUAAUAAAAAUGUAAAUUUUAUCUACAUCAAAGAGCUGGAAGAUGAUCACACAAGAAAUAUCUGGAAAGCUAGAACAAUGAAUAUGGAGAAUAAUUAUGAUAUUGUCGUGAAAUUUGUGAAAAAUUACAAUAUGACAGCACAUAAUAUCUGCAGUGGAAAGGGUUAUUCCCCGAAACUAUUAUACCAAAGCUCUAAAAAUGAAUUCCUAGCUCUUGGAAAAUAUAGGAUGAUUAUUAUGGAAUUUGUUGGUAUCUCGCUGGAUAGGAAACUUAAUCAACGCGAGAUUAGAUCUAAUAAUAUUAUUUAUGACGAUGUUAAGUUUGCAAUAGAAUUGUUACAUUCAAAUAACUAUGUGUUUGCGGAUCUCCGUCUUCCAAACAUUCUAGUGUAUGAUGAAAAUGAAAUACAACGAGCAAUGCUCAUAGAUUUUGAUUGGUGUGGAAAGCAUGGAGUGGAUAAGUAUCCGUCAUCAUUGAAUAUUUCAAUACAGUGGCCUACAAAUGUGAAACCUGGCACCUUCCUUAUGAAAGAACAUGAUAUUUAUUGGCUUGGAAAGUUGCAAGAGCGUUUGAGCCAAUCGAUAGAUUUAUUAGCUUAA